ACGUGUACUAUCGUCGUUAGGUCAGGGGAGUUUCGUUUGUCCGUUAUGGUGGUGAGCAUUCGUAUCAAGUCAAAAGAUUCUACAUUCUAGUGUAUUUAGUUUAAUUUAAUUGUGAAGAGGGUAAUUUAUUGUGGAAGGUGUUAGUAUCAUGACUUUCAAGAAAGGUGAUAGAGUGAGAGCGAAAUGGCCAGGUUCAAACAAGUACUUCUUGGGAACAGUUCUUGAAACUGGCGACGGCAAGUGCAAAGUUAAGUUUGAUGAAGGAACAUCGUACAGUGUGCUGAUUAAACAUAUUUACAAAGAAUAUCCUGGGUCUCCUAGUAAAGGGUCGUCUAAUAGCACGUCAGAUCAUUCACCAAGCCGUAAAUCGUCUGUAGAACGCUCAGCUCGUAAAUCUUCAACAGAGCGAACAACACGCAGAUCUUCAACUGAACGUACAUCACGUAAAUCUUCAACUGAGCGUUCGCUACGCAAAUCUUCAACUGAGCGUUCCUUACGUAAACCUUCAACCGAACGUUCUGUCCGAAAGCCCUCGGCGGAGCGCUCCCCAUCACGCACCGUAAGCAGGGCUCAGCAUUCGCCGAGCCGCUCAGGCAGGGAAACCCCGAAGAGUUUUCGCUCUCCUGGCCGUCCAAAAGGCUCAAACUUGCGUACAAACCUUACUGAGGUUUCUUCAGAAACUAAUGUUCGCAAGACGUUCACUCAGCCUUCAGCAGAGUUAUCCAUGGAAAUGGGUAGAGAGACAAAAUCACCUUUUAUUGUAGCCAUCACUCGUCUGGAGGAUCAAAAAAAAGAGUUAUCCGAGAAGCUGACGAGCCCUCCGUCGCGGAGCGAGUCGAGCUACGAGUUCAGCUCGGUGAAGACGUCGUUCUUGUCGCAAGUGUCGGCCCGGCGCUCGCUGCGCGCCGCUGCCGUGCCCGCGCCAGUCCCGUCGCGAAGCACGCCAGUCCCGGUCACCUCCACGCCGGUCCCCUCGCGGCCGGUGCUCAACGGCUCCUUCAGCGACGACGACCUGAGCGGGGACGACGAGCGAGUGGUCACCAGGUCGGUGGUGAAGGAGCUGGCGGAGGAGAUGGUGGAGGGUCGGCCCGCCGCCGAGCCCUCGGACGUGCCGUCUGCGAUGGACCUGCUGCACUCGAUACGGGAGUCGUCGGUGCUGAGGAGCAGCCUGCCCCCGGAGGAGCGGCCGCGGCAGUGGAGCCUGGACCCGGCGGCCCGGUCCUCCGCCAGCCUCCGGGGGUCGGUGCGCCGGUCCGUCGUGAGGGAGGUGGACUCGAAUGCUGUGCAGGGGAGCGUGGGUGGGUCCAGGGACUACGUAGAGCUGCUGAAGCGCGAGGGCCGACUGCUGGCGCUGGUCCCCCACGACUACAUGGAGUGGGGCGGGCGUGUCGGCUGUGCCCUCCUGGUGCUGCUGGUGCCCCUCGCCGUGCUGGCCCUGCACUUGCACUGCGACAAGGAGAGCUGCAGCGCGAGCUGGCGAGCACUGAAUGUACCGCUGACCUGGCGGUUCUACCUGGACCCCGUGGCGGCAGCAGCAGUGCUGGGCUUCGUGGGCGUGCAGGCUGCACUGUGCGUGCUGCCCGUCGGAUACCAGGUCGACCUCAUCCCCAACACCUGGGGCUCUCCCAAGUACCGCUGCAACGGUGAGGAGCUCCGCCAUCAUCUUUCCCCUCUACGUGCAGGCCUGCUGAGUGCCGCCAUAUCAGUGGCUGGAGUGUGCGCGGUGAAGUACCUGGGUUACUCCCUGUCUGCCGUCUCGACUCGCUACUUCCAGCUGCUGGUGGCAAGUCUUCUCUUCUCUGUGGUUCUGUCUGUUGCACUGUAUGUGCGGGGCGGACAUGCCAAGCUACACAGUGCCAACCCUUACGUGCGUCACAGAGGCUUCAUCUACACCUUCUGGGCCGGCUGGGAGGUCUACCCCCAGUUCUGGAACCUCCACGUCAAGGCCCUGCUCUCCAAGAUAUCCCUCGUCGGCUCGCUGGUGCUGUCCCUGGUGCUGCUGCUGGAGGAAGUGGACUGGGCCCGGGGCCAGUGCCCCACCACUCUGCUGGUGUGCACCGCCAUGCUGUGGCUCUGCCUCCUCGACGGCCUGUGGUUCGAGGAGGCGGCCCUCACCAGCUUCUCCAUGCUGUACGAGGGCUGCGGCUACAUGGCGGCCACGCUGGGCUGCCUCCGCCCCUUCCUCGCCACCUUGCCGCUCCGCUACCACCUGCUGCACAGGCAAGAGCUCUCGUACUAUGCCCUUGCGUUGCUGUCAGUGGUGUUCUUGGCUGGGUUUUUGCUCUACCGACUCAGCAAUUCCCAGAAAGACAAAUUCAGGAGAAACCCUUUGGACCCUGCUAUUGCUCAUCUGGAGACCAUCCAGACCUCUGUGCCGCGGGCUCGCAAGCUGCUGGUGUCCAGCUACUGGGGGUUCGUACGACACCCCAACUACCUGGGCGACCUGGUGAUGCACUUCGCCAUGGCUGGCACCUGUGGCCUGACCCUCGCUCUGCCCUAUGCCGUGCCGCUGUGCUUGUUGGCUGUGCUGCUUCACCGAGCGUCUCGGGACGGGGCGCGUUGCGCACACCGCUACGGCUCUGACUGGAACCGCUACUGCAGUGUCGUCAAGUACAAGGUCAUCCCCUAUGUCUACUGAGUGCAGAGACUGCCUUUGUCGGUACAUUUUCACUUCUUUUCAAUUACUGGGAAACAUUUUAUGCAAUGACGACUAUUUCUUAAAUGUGACGUUUUGCCGUCCUGGAUGAUGCCUUCAGUUAUAGAGAAAUACAUUUUUAUAUUUUAUCAUAUGCUGAAGCUGUAUGCUUGUUUGUUUUGAUAAUGACAGAGAAACAUCCUUUAUCAUUGUUGUCUCUGGGAAUAUUCUCUUGGGAAAUGCAUCACCUGUACAGUUUGACUGACCGACUAGGAUGUGAUGUUAGGAGUUGAUAUGUCGAGCGACUGACUUUCUUAGCAAAUAAUUGGUUCUCACCUCCCUUAUCUGAAAGGUCAGCAUGGAUAUUAUAAACCAAAUUAGGCACUGUGGACCAAAGACAGUAGAAAGUUUGUUGGAUUUUUGUCGUGUUUGUGUCUGCGGUUUGUAUUUUAAUGGUAUAAAUUUUUAAUAAAUUUUUAAAAGUGUUUUAUGAGCAUGUGAUAGUUGUGUUAGAUAGUUGUGCAAUAGUUGGUCAGCUCAUAAUAGCAAGUUGUUCUUGCUUUUCUGAAGCUCCCUGGUUAGUUUUAAACUAUGCAACUAUACAUUUUGUUUUAUGUUGGAAAGCUUGCUGGACUGGACACUAGUGAUGGGUGCCUGUCUGAGUUUUACAUUUCAUGUUUCGUGAACCUUAGUUGUAGCAUUACAAUUCUGAGUCACAUUUCCUUUCUGCUCAGUUAGUAUUUGAACGGUGCACCCUGUUGUCUCCUUGCUGUAUGCACGGAGUGCUUUGUGCUCCAGCUGCGUGCUUCACACUUGCCGUCACCGUGUUAGCAGCUGCACUGUCAGUACGUCUCUGUGCCCACAGUUUUGGCUGCAGAGCUUAGAGGGAGCACGCGGUUCAUGCCAUUAUGCAAUACAGUAUUUUAUUUGUAAUGAUGGUUAGUGCCUUAGACUAGAGAGUAGUUUCUUGUGUGUGUUGAGUGCCAUGAUUAUUUUACACAGAAUCAAUGUCAUUUUUUUUCAGUAAUUUAUUUUCAGUGUGUAUUUUUUAUUCUCCUACUAAGCAGCACAUUUUAAACGAACUUUAUAAAGGACCACUUAUUUAUAUUAGUUCAUUAUUGAAUUACUGAAGUUGGUUUUUAAUUUAGAUAUAUAUUAGAUUUAGUUUAGGGUAAGCACUGUAUAGAGAAAGUUACAAAUAUAAAUCAUGUGUAUAUUUAUAUAUAGAUAUAUUUAUUAGUUUUUCAAAUAUAUAUACAUAUGAUAGACACACAUGUGCACACAUACAUAAUUUUCUGGUGUUCAUUAGCCAUACCAAAUUGCUUGUGUGGAUGAUUAUCAUGUUUGUCUUUCUAAACUCAGGGAAAUAUAUCUAUGUAAUGUUUCUGAGCGGUAUAUUCAUAACACACUAAUUGUUAUGCAUUAUUUACUUGCUGUAAGGAUGUUCAACGUUAAUUAUUGUUUUUGGGAUCACUCAUAAAGCUAUACGUUAGAUUUUAGAACCGAUUGUGCUUUAGUUGAGUUAUUGUUUUAAUUUAAUUUUUGAAAAGUAUGAAGUGGUGUAGUAAAAAUAUGUAUAUAUAAACAGAACAGCCUUUCAAACAUGAUUGUUGCAGAAUACAGUAGAACCUGGUUACAAUGUUCCUGCUUAUAUCAUUAUAUAUUUUAAGUCCCGACAUUUCCCCCAUAAGGACAAUGUAUUUACAUACAAUGUAUAACGUUCACGAUUUAUACAUUUCCUACUUAAAAUGUUUCUUUUUGACUCGUAAAAUUUAAAUAAUGCAAAAAAAUUAAAACCUAACUAAUCACAUCCGUAAAGUUUAUAAUACGUUAAACCACUUGCUUUACACUUAAUCUGUUUUUGUUCACAAUUGUUGUUUUACCAUAGAUAGGGUUAUAUGUGAAAACAAAACAGCAGCACCGGCUAACGCGGUGCAUUCAAUAUAUAAAAGGUACAACGUCUGCAGUUACGUGUGUUAGCAACUAUCUCUUGGAAAAUAAAGUAACAAAACCUUCCAUUCAUUGCAAUUCUGGUUUGUUUUCAGAUGUACUUACAUAGUUCUACAAAAUUUUAGUUUGCCAACCAUUCUACGAUGACUAAAAAAAACUAUGUUUUCUUUUGAUAAUUGUGUUACGUUAAUUUCAUUUGUAGGCAAAAAAAAAAACAUAUUCAAGUGGCGAAGGAAUUGGACAUAGGCAUUUCCACUCUAAAGGCCAUCGACACGAGUCGUUGGACAAUUUUACAGAAAUGUGUCAGUUUUGAAGAAAUGUUGUUGGCUUUGUUUAAGCAAAUUCAAGCAUCAAGGCCACCCAUCAGUAAUUUUAACAUGAUAUUUGUUUAAAUAGCUAGAUGAUUGCAUCAUUAAAAAGUUCAAACAUUAACAACUGCUAAUUUUAUAUUUUUUGCUUAUAAUGUUUUUGCUAUUAAUAUUUAUUUUCUUCUUGCCCCUUUGAAUAAAAUUAUAACAGGGUUCUUCUGUGUACGACACAUAAAUUUCUACAUUAGUACUCUACUGGCUAGUUUAAACUGUAUAGUUACAACAUUGCCAACAGUGUAAAACUAACCUGAGUGAGUUUUUUAAUUUACCUUUUUCCUUGUCAUAUUUUUCUUUAAGCCUUUCUCUUAGAGUAUCAAAUCCUUGACGAUAUUGGAGAAUUUGAUUGGCCCAUCCAAAAUCUUAACUAAAAUUCAUUUUCUGUGUAAUGAGCCGUUUCAUACACAUACUAUUGUUGUGUUGUGGCUUUCAGUCUUAAGCACAUGUGUUUGUCUCUUAUUUGUAUUUAAAACAUUUUUAAACUAUAAAAUAUAAAUAGUGAAUAUUCUCUAGUUGCUUUGUACAAACAUGUGAUGUACAUUUCUGCAACUAUGUCUUUAUGCAUGCUCAUUUUUGUAAGAGAGAUAGUCUGUUCAUGGUAUCUUCACACUUUAUGAAUAAAUCUUUUGAGUACUUAUCUUUGUGUUACUUUUAAAGUUUUAAUUUAAAACUGUGAUAUCUUACAUAGUAUGCAGUAAAUAAAGAUUUAAUUUUAAUAAUCAGUGACUAAAACCUUGCCAGAUGUUGAUAUACCAAAGUAUUGUAAAUGUGCAGAACUGAAGAAUAGUAUGGGUAUUUAAACUAAAACAUACCUAACAAAUUUGAAACAAAAUUAAGAUUUAAAUCUUAAGUAAUUAUAAUUAUAAUAUAUAUUUUUUUGUCUGGAACUAGAUCAUUGCAUGGGCACACCAUAUCCUCUUCCUAAGUGGAAGAGCAUGAAUAUUUUACAGUUGCUGAAUGGAAGUUGCAGAACGGUGUUUAGUAUGAUGCAAGAGUUUGUAGUCAGAAGCUCAAAAGUGCAAUCUGAACAUGAAAAGUGUGUGAAGAUACCGUGGACAGUCUUAAUUUUUAUUAUUUAGCUUAGUAAUGGAUAUAUGUUGAAAUAUUUUUGAAGUGUACAAAGUUGUGUGAACUCGAAAGUACUAGGAUGAGAAGUCAGGUGGAUGCGGUGUUAUUGCACAUAAAUUAGUUAGUGUUGGGUUGAUUUACUAUUAGUGUGGAAUUUGAUUCUAUAAAGUUCCAUACUCUUCUAGGUAACUAAUAUCAAGCUGCUUCAAAUUGAUCUACUUGGAUACAAAAUCCUACAUAUAAAUACAAUUGAUUGUUAUUAGUUUUCAAUCACAAAUAGUAAUAAUAAACAACGUACAUAGCUAGGGCAUUAUGAUCAGGUACCAGAAAGGCCCAAUGUAAACUAACUUACGAAUACCAGUGUUGUGUCUUUUGUACAGUAAACCUAAAAUAUUUGUAAUUCAUUUAAAAUAAAUCUAACACAACAAAUUAAAAGUAACAUAAGCAAUGUUACAUAAUUUUGUUUUAUUUUUAAACUUUGACAAAAAUAUGUUUUGUAAUUUAAUAUAAAAUAUAGUGGACAGAUUUGUGAAAACACACAGAAUAGUUAAAUUAAAUUAUUAGAACACUUGUCAACAUUUUGUUUUAAUGACCCCUAUAAAAACUAUAAAGUAUGGAAAAAUUUAAUUAAAUUAAGGAGUUUGGCUCUCAUUCAAUACCAAUGUUUUAAAUGAUAAAACAUUAUCAGUAAUAAAUGACUCACUAAUUAAACACAAAUCAAUAAUUAAAACUCCUAAUUAAUCAAAGAAAUCCUAUUCAAUAGAUUUUAUGCCCUAAUUAAUUAGCAAUAUGUAGUUCCAUUUAAUCUAACUCUAAAUUAAUUAAAAAUCCAGAAUAAUCAGAUAGCUCUCAGUUAAUCAAAAAACUCCUUAAUCACCUGAAAAUACUCUUUGAAUGUAUCAUUGAAUUGACUUUGAAGGUCUUUCAAAUCUUAUGACACUUAACAAUUUCAAGGUUUUGUUGUAGGGAAAGAAUCGAGCAACCAGCUUUGAUUCCAAAUCUAAUUGGAUUCUGAAUCCAUCAAACAAGUAGAGGGAUUCUGAAUCGAUCCAACACUAAUAUUGGCGUGGAAAUGUAGAAGGCAAUUGAAUGAUCAUUUGAAUUUGGAAAUGGCCAUAUGUGUUAAUGAUUUUUUAAAAUAUAAUUUGCAAUCUCAGUUUGAUAAUUAUGAAUAGGGGUUUUGCUGUCAAAAUUAUUGUCAAGUUUGAUUUUCAUAGAAUUACAUACCCAAAUAAUAAAUUGUGCAAAACCUUUUUUUUGGCUUGCAUGCAGGUAUUCCUUUUUUGUUUUGCCUUCCAUUGAGUUUUGUUUUGUGACUUGUAUUGUGGACAUAGGCGUGCGCACGGUAGGUGCCACAGGUGCCUUGGCACCACCAUUAGGGUUAACGUUAUUUGGUUUUUUACAAGCAGAAAUAAUACAUACUUCCAAAAAUCCGUAUUAUUUCCAAAAAAAUAUAUGUUUUCCAAUCGUGUCGAGUUACAGAUAUGUGCUCAUAACACUAUCAGUAUAUCAAUUAGCAAUCGAACCAACUAUACACACGGAAACAAGCCAGUUGCAAUUACUUGUGUUGUACACGCGGGCCGCGGCUACGAAACUUCUGAAAUGUAAAUACUUCUCAUAAGUUCUCCUCGAAGCUCGAAUUACAUAGAAUGCGCGCUCGGUGUCCACUGUUCACUCCAGGCCGUGGUUCACUCCACUCGGCAGGCGCACGGAAUAAUAGCCGCCGUCCGCCAGGGUUUAUUUAAAAAAAGAGAGUUUAGUUAGUUAAAAGGAUAGGCUUACUCGAUGACUUAUAUGCAGUCGCCUACAAAACAUUUUUGUUGUAUUCCAAAAGUUAAAACUUUUGCCCACUCUUAUUUGUGUAUUUUUAUUAUUUUAAUAUUUUACAUAUUUAAGGUAUGUUGCAAAAACUCCCUUGAUUUUUUGAGUUUAAAACUUAACAUUUGAGAAUGUAUUUUCUAGCAUUUAUUUGGCGUCUUCAGAAAACAUAUAAGUACAGUUUUUCAAAGCCACCAGCAUGAAUUCCGUGCAAACAAUUUGUGCAAUUUACUUAAUGGCUCAACAAAGCUUAAAACUUUAAAUAGUUUAGUAGUUUUCCUGGUGAUUAUAACGUUCAAAACCAUAAUUUGUCAUAAAAAAUGUUAAAAUUUUUACAUCUGUGUAUUUAAUGGUUUUGUUCGGAAACACCUUAAAUAGCACCAUUUUGCGCUUUCAAAUCCAAAUUUUUCCGGGGGAGGGCCCCCUGACCCCCCGCUUUAGGCUCGGGGUCCGUAAAUGAUAGGGCUGUCGUGUAAUCUGGCACCACCAUUACUGAAGUCCUGCGCACGCCUAUGAUUGUGGAUAAUGUGUAUCUUUAAUGAAUGUUAGCGUUGAAGAGCUAAACAUGCUGAUUCACAGCUGUACACACCAGGACAUACGCAGAGUCUGUAGUGGUGUGAGUAGAGCUUUUUUUUUUUUUUUUUUUUUUUUUUUUUUUUUUUUUUUUUUUUUUUUUUUUUUUUGCUGGAACUGCUAUGUUGGCCAUGUGAUGACAGAUGUUCAAAACUAAAAAAGUUACAGAGUUAUAUUUUGGGGAAAAGCAAGGUGAUUUCAGCCUUAUUGUCGGCAAGCUAGGGAAGAACUGCCAAAAGCUGACUGACUGGUGUUUGCUAGCUGGUAGAGGCUCGGGCAGGCCUGUGAGGCGAUAGCGCGCUCCCCUUCGUGCUUGUGGCCAGCUCUCUCAUAGCGCGGAGAGACAAGAUUAUAUGCUUUUACUUUUUAUGGAAUUUGUGUAUGAAGAAAGACAGCAUAUUACUAAAAAAAAAAGUCUUUUUGACUGAUACAUGAUGCACUUUUACAAUAUGUAUUAUGAUUUGUAGUAAGCAUGUCUGUCUAACUAUUCGGAGAAAAUAAAAUUAGGUAACCUGUUAAGUAAUUUGUGUUUGCAAAAUGAACUAACUUCAUAUUGUGAAAAUUAAUAACUAAUAAUAGUUGCAAAUUAAAGAAAUUAACUUUUGUUAACUUUUUUUUGCAUAAAAUGUUGUAUGGACUUCAUACAAAAUAAAUUACUUCAAUGAAUUUAAUAUUUAAAAGAUUACGUAUUUGUCAUUAUAGUUUCAUAAGUUUAUUUGCGUUUCGGUACUUUGCAGUAGAUUAACUUGAAUUUUGAUGUUAUUUUGGCUUUAUUGUAAUUCUCCAUAUAGUCUUGUCCCUAAUAAUGAGUGGUAAAUAAUUGGAAAAGAAAAUGCAUGGUACUGACUACUUAUUUUGUCUGAUUAUUUCAAUGUUAUAGUGAUUGUUAUAUCAAGAGUAUUUUUUCUGGUGUAUAGAGUUAAAUAACAUCCCGUGGAGGGACAUCUGGACGAGUGUGGCAGGAAUUCCUCUAGUCUGUCGUCAGCUGCUUGUCCUGCGUGCCUGUCCCAUUCCUUCACGUGUUCGGCAUUUCUCAUGCCCCACUCCAUCAAAGCCACAGGGCAUCAUAUAACUGCAUGAUCAGGAAAACAGACAUUUAGCGUGUUUUAUAACGAAGUUACGGCAUGAUUUUCCUGAAUUCAGUUGGAAUUUCAUCACGGAAAAUUAACGGGUGAAUAUCGGCCCCACAACGGUGUAGUUUUAUGGUGUGUCUUCGCAACCUGUUUAUUAUUUUGAACUACUGUAACAUUAAAACAAGACACUUGCUAGAGAUGGACGAGUUGAGGUUUUUUGGCUUCGAGUCGAGUCGAGCCGAGUUUAGCAAUUCAUAUUUCGAGUCGAGUCGAGUUCGAGUCACAAAAUUUUUGAAGAGGUCGAGUCAGUUCGAGUUUCAUAAUUUUAUAAUUUUUUGCAUCGAAUAUGAUAAAUAAAAUAUUACUACACCCAUUAAUAUAAAAAUUGUGUAUCCAAGAUGCAUCUGCAUUAUUUAAAUAUUUUAAAUGAUUAAUUAGCAAAUCAUUAUGUUAUUUAAAUAUUUUAAAUGAUUAAUUCAAAUCAUUGUUAUUUAAAUAUAAAAAACUAAGCUUUAUUUCAACAUGAUUUCACAGUAUCUUUAAUGUAGCUAUCCUAACCAUAUCAACCGUCCACAAUGUUUUAAAGUAUUUAUAAUGUAGCGAAUCUAACCUAAUUGACCAUAGUUAUCAUGAGUUGUCCAAAAUAAACAUUCACGGACACACUGCAAACGAAAAAUAUGGCGGCGUACAAAUAAAUACCGUUGCCUUGUUUAUGAUAUUUCCUUUUAUCAACACCGCCAUUUUUAUUUACAAUGAACAAAAAGAAAACGACGAUGUACGAUCGGGAGUUUGGCUCUUUCUUCUGUGAAAAUAAGGCUUCCCGAGUUACGUAACUUUUUUUUUCCGAUCCACCGGCAGAUCCCCACACGAACAAACAGCUCAGGGGAUAUAGGCCUUGUCACAUUGUCACAUUCUCAAUGUAAAUACACUUUCCGCGGCAAGAUUAUUCGCCCGGAACUUGUUACAACUACAAGAAUAUCAAUAUGUUUUUAAAUAAAUAUUUCAUGCAUUUGAUUUGGCGAUCAGUAACUGAUUGCCAAAUAAAAAUGCAUGAGCGUUGUUAUUAUUAUAUUUUAUUCAAACAAAAAGAAAGUAAUUUUAUCCUAAACGUUAUUGACACGCAGCGCUGCGUAGCGGAGCACAGCUAAAUUUAGUUCCAAAAUGCAAGGCUGGCUGGCCUAACACGCAGCCAUUUUCACGCAUCACGUCUUGGUGUUAUUUACUAAAUAUUACAAUAUAAUUAUUUUUUGUUUUUAUUUUUAGGUUACGGAAAGCUCUUGUUUAUACGAGUUAUUAUAAACAGGCCACGAUAAACGUGAUGAUUAUUAAUAUAUGUGCGUUUUGCAACAAAUUUUUCUUCAGUGAAAAUCCAUUGACGUAUUUUGUAAACAAAUGCGGUACCGUAUUUGAAGUAAACACGGGAUGAAAAACAAAAUGAAAACAGUGCACGCUGUUUUCCAAGCUUUUUUUUUAUAUAAAAUGGUCAUGUGACAUAAUUUUGUCCUAUAAACUGUCGCCACUAUCGACAAAAUUACGUUACGACGUCACGUUCAUAAAUGAAGGUAGGCCUAGGUUUGGUUGCACUUGUACCUAUUAUAGCGCCGUAGCACGGUAGCGGGCAAGGUUAGGUUUGCACGGGAUUUGUUUUGUUUAAAGGUCAUUAUCAUUUCUUACUGUAUUAAUGACUAAGCGAAAACGUUAAGACAACCUAUAAUAAAGUGCUAUAAUGUCACGAUGCUGGUACUUAACUCGAAACGUGUUUCGAGUCUCGAACUUGAUAAAAUAUGUGACUCGGUUUUCGAGUCGAGUCAAUCUGACCCAACUCGGCUCGGCUCGACUCGAUAAACCAAGACUCGACCCAUCUCUAACACUUGCAUUUCACAUAUAUUUUCUUGUGGUCAAUUAGUGUACAUUAUUACAUGCUAUAGCAUGUUAUAGUUUGCACUAUGAUGUAAAUUUUCUCACGUUUAAAAUCAUUUAUACAGUUUACACUUUAAUAGUUGGAAAAUUAAAAUUUUUGGCUCAGAGCAAUUUGUAUUGAGUUUUUUCUGUAUUUAAAGUAUUAUGUUUCUUAAAGUGAUGUUGAUGUAAGACAUUUUUUACAGCUUAUAUUUUUUUGAUGUUAACUUACAGAAAUAUUAUAUUAAUACAAGUCAUAAAAUUUGGAACCUCAUUCAACCAAUGGUAGCACAUUCAUUUAAUAUUAUUGGGUGUGAUCAUUUAUAAUUAUUGUUAAAAAUUUUGUGCUAACCUUUUGUUUCAGUUGCAUGUUACUAGUGAAGCUAGUUGCUGUGUUACAAUAUUAUUGGUUGAAAAUUAAAAUGCUGUUCUUGCAUAAUGCUGUUUGUUAGUCACUAUAUAAGGUAAUUUCAUAUCAUGAUUAAUGAAAAAAUACAUUGUAAAAAUAAAACUUAAUUGUUGCUUGAGUGUUUUGGAUGGAUUCUGUGGUAUGAAAAAUUUUAUAAGCGCAUAACCAACAUAGUUGUGAUUGGAAACAAUGGCUGAGGUUGUCUGUGAUGGAAUUGUAUUGAAAUAAAUGAUUCUAUAUUUUUAGGAGAACAUAUUUAAUAAGACAUUUGAGAAUUUUUUAAUGUGAAAUAGAAAUAGUGGGAAAGAGAUCCAAUUACAUGACAUUGUUAUUGUUAGUUGAUACAGAUGGCUGGAUUUUUCCAAAGGCAAUCUUUACUAAUGUCUUAAAAUUUUGUGUAAUAGAAAAUAAUGUGGAAUUAUUUGUUUUGUAAGACUUACUAAAGUUCAUAACAUUGGAUCUCUGUUUGCUCAAGAUAGUGAUAGAUACGAACUAGUGUUCAGUAAAAUAUUUUUAAGACGUAAGACUUGUAUUUUCUUGAUAAAGUUAAUAAAGAGUUAUUUGAAUUUUA